AUGGCGCCUCAAUGGAUGCCUCAAAAUAUACAGAAGCGAUUACUGAAGUACAUCCUUCAGCAGCUCUCCUUAUUUUCCGAGAUUGAUCUACCUAAUUUGGAUGUCUCAUUGGGCGCAAGCUCCAAGGUCAAUCUCCGAAAUUUGGAGCUAGACAUCGAAAAGUUCAGCAUACCAGGAAUGUACAUGAGAAGUGGGUCUAUUGAAACGCUUGCUCUCUCGCUUACGAUUAGCGAUGGUGUCAACGUUGAUUGCGCUGGAGUUAAUAUUACCCUCACUCCCUCGGUAACCCCUGGAAAGCCAAACAGUACAGAUCAAUUCUCCCUUGCAAAAAGCACAGCCGAUUUGGCAAACAGCGUUAUGUUCGAAGACAAUGUUGUGGAGGACGAAGAUAUCAAAGAAACCGCUUCAGUUGAUUCCAACCCCCUUCCAACAGAAACCAAAGAUUACAAGAUGAGCAACAUGAUGGCAAAGGCUGCAGAUAUGGCUUUGUCAAGGUUACAACUAACGGUACGUGACGUAAAAAUCACCAUGAUACUCGAGGCUUCUGUUAUGGAGGUGUGCAUUGAUAAGGUCACCUUGUUAUCAAAGGAGGGCACCAGGUACAUUACAGUUGAGAGAAUGACGUUGAACGCUAUCAAACCAGAAGUUUAUCCGGGAGAGGGAGUGGAUAAUGUUGACAACUCGGAAGAAAGGGAUACAAACGAGUCGGAAGGGUCUGAGGACUAUGACGAUGAAUUAAUGCAAACCUCAUUUAUGGCAGAAAACAAGGACGAUAUUCAUAAAUCCUUGGUGGAGAGCAUGAUGUUUGCAAGCCAGACAUCCGAAUCAGUGUACAUGAGCGCGACAUCCAAUGUAUUCUCUUCAACUACCGCCAGGGCUUCUACUUACGAGCCUCCCCAGCCGUCAGCUGUAUGUGUCGCCUAUGUCAGCAAAUGCAGCUUCCAGUUUGAUGGACUUCAAAACAUAGAGAAUGUGCAAGUGGACGUGGGGCAUGUUAAAAUUGCGGCUUCCCCAAUUCCAGAAUGUUUGUCGUCAGUGAUUCAAUCAAUUAGGAACCUUGUUAGGCUUUCAGCAAUGAGUACCAAUGAAACAGCUGGAAACACAGAAAAGGAAAGCGAGUCUGCUAGCACCACUCUGCUGAAUUCUCUAAAAAUUGACGAGAUCUGUGUGAGUUUUGAAUCAGCACUUUCCAAAGACGGACGAUUUGCUCUCGACAAUAGCACUUGCUUAUCACUUAGUGCUAUACGUUUUGAACAGAAAAAUGCUUCUUUCUCUUUUGGUUCCAUCGCGAAAAUACGCCUAUCAAGGAAUGAUAACGGAACCGAGCUCUUUUGCUUUGACGACUCUCGCGCACCAAACGUUGCAGACCUCGGACUAGAAAUACUUAGCAACGAUGUUUCUCGAAUCACUUUAAUAUGUCCCAAAUCUGCCAAUAUUGUUGUGGAUGAUCAACUAUUGACUUUGGCAGUGCGUUACUACUCAUUGAUGGAACCUGUUAUUGAGGCUCUUAUCUCGGUCGUAUCUAUGAAGACUCCUUAUUCAUACUCAAACACACAUUCAUCACGCUUUGCUUUACCGGAUACCGCAAACUACCAAAAAUCCAAUGAGUUUCAUGCGCAAAUGUCAUCUAUUCACGUUAAGCUUCAGCUCAAUGACUUUUGUAUCACGACUACUAUUCUUCCGGUAACUUAUGAUUCUCAGGAGGGUCGCUUUGAUACUAGCAGUAUACUUUUCGAAUACAACGAUGCAACGCAAGGAGAACAAUAUGCACCUAACCAAUUUUUGAUGAUAUCUAAUUUUGAGACAUCUUCUGCCGGUGUAAACAAAGUACGAUCUUUUGAUUCCAGCUCGCUUCAGGAGAUAUGGCUCAAGACCAAAAUGAAAACUAUAGUUGAAAAGGUUACUCUGAAGCUUGAUUUUGAAGUCCUGAUCAAACUGAUUAGCGGCUUUGGAAAACUCGCUGACUUAGUGUGCAAGUCUAUGGUGAUUUCACCUCCAGUGGCAAGGCAAAAAAAAGUAAGAAUGGCUAGUAGUUUGUUUCUAAAUGCUACCAAAAUGCUCAAAAACUGUGUUGAAAUCAAACAUUGCACAAUGACUCUCUCCCAUAUUUGUCCCCAUUUUGGGGAUCUGAAAAUCUCCUUGAAAGAUAUCUUUGUGAAUUUUCUGCAAGAUGGGACCCUACACAGCUAUGUUAUGAGUGCUCUGAUACAAAGAGUAUGUGACUCAAUACACGAGUCAUUGUUGGAAGCAGCAGAUCCUAGGAACAAGGGGUAUCCCAUGAUGUUUGCAAAAUUCAAAGAUAAUGUCGGGGUACACUUCAAAAACUGUUCGUUUAAUUACUACGGAGAAUGGAUCACACUCUUAGAAUCCCGAGAGAGGCCUCGGGAGGAAACCGAUCGAAGCUCGUCUGCCUCUUCUGCUACUGGCAAGAAACGCCAGGUCAACUUUACCUUUGCUGAUGUCUCAAUAGGUCUUGUUCCAGUCAACUUGAAAUCCAAAAUUGAGGUCGUUAUCAAGAAAGGAAUUGCUGACUUAUUGAUUGGUACUGAUGGGCGCUCAAAACUGCAAUCCUCAUUCAGUUCCCUAACCCUGCUGUUAAUUGAUGAUGUGGCCAAUAUUCUCAGCGACAAAGAAAGUAAAUCAUUGAGGCACUGGAUUAACGCGAAUAAUAAUCAUGCUAUCUGGACACUGAAUGCUAUUCUGAAAAGCAAGGGUUUCGUCCCUGUGGGUUAUAUCUCAUCUUUGUUUUUGAAUUCUGCAUUUGAAAGUGAGCGUCAUUUGGAAGAGAGGAUGACACAGACAUUUUCCGGCCAGAAAAUCUUUCCCUUAAUCGAUACAAAAAUACAUGUUGAUGCAUUGGCCGUGGACCUUUGUGCAGACUCAUCCCAAUGUUUGAUCCAGACUUUAAAAGACCUGAAGCAGCCAGUGCAAUUCUCAUUCAAUGAAAAAUAUAAGCCAACGACAGAUGAAGUGGACGUUUUCAAGGACGUUGAUGAGACUAUUUUCUCAGCGUCGGUAAACGUAGAUGUUGGCAAUCUGGAGCAAACUGAGAUCCCUGAAAACGAAAAAUUGGAAAUUGUCGAGGACUUCUUUGACAAAAAUCUAAAUUCUGAUUCAGGUGAGCAAUCAGCCACACGCUCUGGUAGCUUAGCCAAUAGUGGUACCAAAUCUGGUGCCAUGUCCAACAUCAUUUUUGAUGAUAAUCAUUUCGGACAUUCUGGUGAAGAGUUCACGACGAAAGUUAUACCAAUGGCUAUCGGAGUCAGUAUUUCCAAUGUCACAAUCAAGCUCUAUGAUGGGUAUGACUGGAAAGAGACUCAGACUACAAUUAAAAAUGCCAUUCGACGUGUUGAGGAUAAAGCUGCGAAGAUAGGUGAUAACAUGAAUGAAGUGACUGAGGGUUCCACCAGUCAAAAUGUCCGCUCCGUUUCUGACGAUUCCACUGAGUUAGAUACGGAAGCUGUGAAUGAAAUACUCUACGAGUCAAUCCAUGUGGGACUGUUAGCAGGCCAGGACCCUCAGUCAUUUUACGAUAAUAUCAAUAAGUCGAUCAGCAACAGUGGCGACACAGAAAAUGUAAGCGAGCGUAACAAUUUGUCUGCAGGCUCUUCAUCACCUGCGUCAGUCAACACCGCGAAUAGCACUCGCUCUGCAGCACCCUCUCAUAAUAUUGAACUAGGCAAAGUUUCUAAUAGGAGAGUGCGUUUGAAAAGAUCUAUAUAUCAUAAGGUCCUAGUUGAGCUCGAAAACCUUGACCUGUCGAUCCUGACCAUGGUUAAUAACGAACCACAUCCAACCAAGAACUCUAUAGUUUUCAGUGAGGACGAAAACAAAGAUGACUCCGAACUAGUUAGCAGAAUUGAUCUGAGUGUCGGAUCCUUCAAAGUGGCAGAUAAUGUUCCCACGUCAAGCUGGAAUAUGUUUGUGGGUUAUCUGCGUGAAGCUGGGGAUAAAGAGCUUGGUUCCAGUAUGCUUCAUGCUGUCAUUGACACUGUUCGCCCUGUCUCGUCAUUAGCGGCUUCUGAAUUAGUGAUUUCUGUAUCUGUGCUUCCUUUGAGACUUUAUGUGGACCAAGAUACGCUUGAUUUUUUGACCAGAUUUGGAGAGUUCAAAGAUGACCGCUUCACUCUCCCAGCUUUGGAUGAAGAGGAGGUUUUUAUCGAAAAGUUUCAGGUCAACUCCGUGAGAAUCAAACUUGAUUACAAGCCUAAAAAGGUGGAUUACGCUGGCAUUAGAUCUGGCCAUACUAAUGAGUUCAUGAACUUUUUCAUUCUUGAUGAAUCUGAGAUGGUUUUGAAGAAGUUGGUGCUCUAUGGAAUACCGGGAUUCACUCGUUUGCACAAGAUGCUCAAUGACUUGUGGAUGCCUGACAUCAAAAGAAAUCAGCUUGGUGGGGUCCUGUCAGGUCUUGCUCCAGUGAAAUCAAUCGUGAAAAUAGGAUCUGGCUUCAAAGAGCUGGUCGCUGUGCCUUUGAAAGAGUAUGAGAAAGAUGGCCGUGUGAUAAGAGGACUACAAAAAGGUGCACUCUCAUUUGCCAAAAUAACUGGCGGCGAGUUGCUCAAAUUCGGUGUUAAACUUGCUGCAGGGACCCAAAAUAUACUGGAGUCUACCGAAGAAGCUUUGGGAGGAGACGGCUCUGCUGUCAGACUACCAGGAUACAAGAAAAACCAAAAGUCGCGAAGAAGAACCUCACCAAGCGAAGUCAUUUACGCCACUCCAGGGGACAGAUCUUUAUUAGGCCACAAUACCAUGAGUGGUGCAGUAUUUCACCGAAACUCUUUUGAUUCCUAUGGUGAGGAAGAAGAAUUCUUAGAGGGAGCCUCGGCGCUGGAUGGAGCUGGGACACAGGAUGCCGAUCAAUACCAGAAGUCUAGGUUUCUUGUUCCUGCUGUGUUCAAGAGUACUGCUGAGCUACCUGAUGUAUUGGAGAGCGAUAGUGAUCUAGAUGAUUACUAUGAUGAGUCUGACAACGAAGGUCAAAAGAUUGUCAGUCUGUACUCAAAUCAGCCGGAAAAUCUAAACGAGGGUUUGCAAACUGCUUACACUUCGCUGGGAAGAAACUUAGACACUGCUCGCGAGGCAAUUGUAUCCGCAAGCACGCGUGCUGCACGGAGCGGUAGUGCACAGAUUGCUGCCCGGGAGUUCGCCAAAGCCACUCCUAUCAUGGUUAUACGCCCAAUAAUUGGAACUACAGAAGCUAUCUCCCGAACACUUCAGGGAGGCAUUAAUAUUCUUGAUCCAGAAGAGAAACGCAGGUCUGAAGAAAAGUACAAAAAUACGAAGAAAGAAGCUAGUUGA